CACAAUGCCAAAACAAAAGAAAUAACCGAAAAAAAUGGGAAAGUGACCCUGAAUUAAAGCAUUGGAUAUCACCUGUACAUAGUUACCCUGUUGGAAACUGGAAUGUCAAGUGAUGCUGAGUUGAAUAUGAAGGAAGCAUCUCCAGUCAAAUCCAUAGUGGCGGAACUGGCUGGGAAGUUGAAAGAUCAUGCACAACCAAUGCCAAGGAACGAGGAGAAACCGGUUAUUGCACCUCCACCUGCACCCAAACCUAAGCUGAAGAAUUCUCCCUUAAUAGAAAAGCUUCAGGCCAACCUCACUUUGACACCCACAGUGCUGCUUACCUCAACUAAAAGUCCAGAAGUGAGACAACAGGCUGUGCCAUUCUGUCUAGUCAGCCCCUGUCAAACCCAGAGUCCCACCCUGCGGCCUCUUCAGCAGUCUGGUACCGAUGAGGUGCCCAUCAGCUUCGAGCAACCAGCUGAAGGCACCCUACUGCCCAGCUUUAACAAGAGUCGAGUCCGUCUUUCCUUCAACCGCCGACCACCAACUCGGCAACACAGGAAGUCCGCGGGCGAGGAGGUGCUCUCAGACACGGAGGGAAACUCGUCCCCAUGUGAUCAGCACAGUGUAGAUAACAGUCCUGACAAGGACUGUCAUAUAGAGGAGGUGUUGAGUACCCCACUGAACGAAACAAAGGAGCGCCUGACAGACCCCACUGACCCCGUCACUGAACAAGAAACAGAACAGCAAAAUGCCCACAAGGAUGUGAUUCAGGACAAUGGGGGGAGUAAAGACAGCAAAAUAAAUGAAAAGGUAACUGAAGAGGGAUCUGAAACUGUGAAAACACUAGAGGAAAAAGCAGAUGAGGAUGAUGAGAGCUCGGAGGAAAUGGAGGGAUUAGAAGAACAAGGAGAAGAAACACCAACGGAGGAGAAUGGGGAGGUACAGGAGGAAGCGCCUGAAGACUGAAAAGGAUUAAAUUAUUGCUGCAAAAGGUGGACAGUUGGUGCAGGACACUCUCCAGAUGAAUAACACUGGCUGAAUACAGAGACUUGUUUUGUCAGGAUGGACCUGCAUAUCUGCUCUGAUGAGAUGACCAGAACAAUCAUACCAAUAAAUCUACAAAAUAAAGUCCACCAUGUAGCUGCAACCAUCACAUGACAUACAUGACUGACCAUAGAGCCACAUGAUCUAGGAAUAUUUUCACAUAAAUGAUUAUAAAUAGAGUUUUUUUUAAUCAAAUGUCAAAUUCUGAACUUGCAUAACUUGCCACUGUCAUGUUUGUGCUGUUCAAAUAAUGCAAUCAGGUUUUUGUGUGGCAUCAGCGUGGUGCUGAUACUGUUACGGAGAGUCCUCAACUGUGCCACUGUAAUAGAGUAAAUUCAUUAUUAUUAUGAUUAUUAUUAUUAUUUUUUUUUUUUUUUUUAUAGCUAACAUGCUAUAAUUGAUAACUUGCUGUAGAUGAUUGAUUAUAUACUGAAGCUUGAUUUCAUUUAAAGACAAAUUUAUUACAAAUAUAUAUUUAACUUGGGGAAAUUGGGAUGUUUUGGAUUGAAUUAUAUAUUUAGCUAUUAUAUAUUUGUAUUAUGGCUUAGAAAUGAAAGUUGAUGUUUCUGUGCAAAAGAUCCCAGAAAUAAAGUUAAAGCCCUGCUCAACUA